AUGGGUGAGCAAGCCGGAGCCCGGAGCUUAAAGGUCGAAGACUCGGAGGAUUGGCCGGACUACCACCGUAGGAGUGGAGUGGAGAUUGAGACUCGAGAGUGCGGGACAAAAGGAGAACCGGAGAAGGGAAUAAAGCGAUGCCGAGUCGACUCUCGAGUGAGGACUGCGAGACAUUCUCUAAAAAAUAAUAGUAAGGGUGGAGCUGCUAGCAGCAUCCAAUCUGUGUCUCUAUCUAUUCAACCACCAACCCAAACCAGCUAUAACUACUACUCUACUAUCACCAAAUUCCUCCACCUUUUCCAUAUGUACACAACACAAGCCCAAACCUGUCGCAAAGAAUAUGCCACCAGCAGCAAAAGAGCAGUGAACAACAAAUCUCUUGCCUAA